GGACCACGGCCAGGCCCAGAGCCCUCCCCGGACCUGACGCUGGGCAUGAGACCCGCACGCUGCCUCCCACAGCCACUGAUGUCCCAGCCCAGGGCCCCCAGACACUCCCUUGUGGUGGUAACACCCCACCUGCUGGACUCUCUCCUCAGCAAGUCCUGGAGGGAUCCCGGAGAAAAACAAACACUGUCCUGUGCUGUCUGCACACACCUGCACACACCUGCACACCUGUGUUGUCUGCCCACACCUGCACACACCUGCACACCUGUGCUGUCUGCCCACACCUGCAUACACCUGCACACCUGUGCUGUCUGCACACACCUGCACACCUGUGCUGUCUGCCCACACCUGCACACACCUGCACACCUGUGCUGUCUGUCUGCACCUGCACACACCUGCACACCUGUGCUGUCUGCCCGCACCUGCACACACCUGCACGCCUGCACACACCUGCAUACCUGUGCUGUCUGCACACCUCUGCACACCUGUCCAGAGCUGUGUGCUGCCCUACAGUGGGAGCACCUCAGCUCCCAAGGGUGGAGCCAGCUGCCUCGCCCCAACCCAGAGUCCUCCCAGGUCCUCCCAGACCCCUGCUCCCCCAAACCCCACGUCUUGCUGGCCUCCACCUUCCCAGCCCACAGGGAAGUGUUAGGGUGCGUGGGUGCCCCCGUGUGCACUCAGAGGCCACGUGAAGCGUCCUGGAGUUUCUGCAUGACUCCUGGGGAGCCGGGCACAGCUGUCCCCAUGGCCUGUAGGGAGGGACGGCCACAGCCCUGCAGGACUCUGCCCCAGAAUGCAGACCUACGGGGCCCGGUCACAGCCCUCCCACCGCCUGCUGUCCCUCACCCUCCCCUGCGCUGGGCAGGGCCAUGCUGGGAGGAAAGGCCCCGGAGGGGGCAGCGCUCAGCGCUCGCCGGUCUGGACAGCUGGGCCUCGGCUUCGUGGUGGCUCAGGAGACACCUGCUCCUGGGCGGAAGUCAGCGGCUGUAAGACUUUCACUGAAUCCUGCUGGCUUCGCUCUUGCGUUUUCUAUAACCUGAAGGUUCCGGCUCCUAAAAAUGUUUGCAUCAUC